AUGGGAGAGCCAGGAGAGCACUCGACACUGUUUGCCGAGCCACUUUCACGACGAUCAUUUCCAAUUAUAUCACAGCCGAUAACCACCGAGCACCAGCAUCUGACUACUUCGCACGACUACAAGGGGGGAUGGUCCUUCUACUUGGUCCUAGCUGGGAUAGUGACAACGCUGGGUUCCUCGCUGCCUGUCGGAUACAAUAUUGGAGUUGUUAAUACACCUGCUGACGUGAUAAAGAGUUUCUGCAACGAAAGUUUUAUAACCCGGUACGACGUGGUCCUUGACGAAAAAUGGCUGAACGUGCUCUGGUCGUUCGUGGUCUCCAUCUUCAUAGUCGGAGGCUGCACCGGCUCCAUACUCGGCGCUGUACUUGCAAACAGCUUGGGAAGAAAAAUGGCGACGGUAGUGACGAGCGUGCUAUCAAUCGCCGGCGGGCUGCUGUUCCUGCUGUGCCAAAGAGCUAACUCAGUCGAAAUGCUUAUAUUAGGCAGAUUACUAGUCGGCUUGUCUGGUGGUCUAACUACCAGCAUAGUGCCCAUGUACCUGACGGAGCUGGCCCCCGCGGCGCUGACCGGGGCCAUGGGGGUCGCGUGCCCCAUGGGGGUCAACGUCGGGGUCCUCGUCGGACAAGUCAUGGGGUUAGAUUUUAUAUUAGGUCGUGCCGAAGAUUGGCCCUACCUACUGUCCGUCUACGCGUUGCUAGUCAUUAUAUGUUUACCGUUGUUAUUUAUACUGCCAGAAAGUCCAAAGUACUUAUUUGUAGUUAAGCAAAAUGAGGAGAGAGCUUUAAAAGAACUGAGUCGUCUCCGCGGCGUGUCCCCGAGCGUCCUGAGCGAGGACGUGGAGGUGCUCCGCGAGGAGUCCCGCGGGCCGCAGUGCGCGGCCGGCGCCUGGUCCAUGGCGCGCGUGCUGCGGGACCCGCGCCUGACGCUGCCGCUACUGCUCGUCUGCAGCAUGCAGGCCGGCCAGCAGACCAGUGGGAUCAAUGCGGUGUUCUACUACUCGCAAACAAUAUUCAAGCAGGCCGGUCUAAGCGCCCAGAGCUCCCAGUACGCGACGAUAGGGUGCGGGUUCAUCAACGUGUGCACGGCCGUGUUGAUGCUGAAGUUGUUGCCUCGCUUCGGGCGGCGCCCACUGCUGCUGGCGUCCGUCGCCGCGGCCGCCGCCAUACUGGCCGCGCUCGCUGCUUGUAUGAGGUUUAUGCACGUAGUGACGUGGAUGCCGUACGUGUGUAUGAUAAUGGUGCUGUCGUAUGUUCUAGUCUACGGGUUCGGGCUCGGACCCAUUCCUUACUUUAUCGCCUCGGAGAUAUUCGAGGUGGGUCCCCGCCCUGCGGGUAUGGCGUGGGGCUCGCUAGCUAACUGGGGCGGGAAUUUCCUCGUCGGCAUGUCAUUCCCCUCCAUGAGGGAGUCCAUCGGACCUUACUCCUUCCUCGUCUUCUCCGGCGUCACUGCUGCACUGUUUGUCUUCCAGAAAAUGUACUUCCCCGAGACGCGAGGUAAGACGCCAACACAGGUGACACAGCUGUGCAGUCGCGGCUUACAGUCCAAGCCACUGCUCGCGUCCGACCUCUCCAGUGUAUGA